UCUGGGUAUGUCGAACUUGUUCUGUAGUGAAGCUCUCGAGCAAAAGUUUCUCUAAGCUUAACGUUGACAAAAAUCACUUAAAGCAUAAACACAGUCAUUUCAGGAAGUUGUGUAGGAUGUGACCUUGAGUAUUUCACAACAAACUGACUUCUUGCGUGUGGACGAUCCAGCCACCACUGUCGAGGGAAAUCAGUACGCAGCAGGCAGAUGGAGCAGAUACCUAGGCCAACAGUGUUUGACUUUCAUGGAGUUUCCAUGACCAAAUACUUCACUGACAACUGGGACAACAUACAGAACUUCCAAGCAAGACCAGAUGAUAUCCUUAUAGCUACGUAUCCUAAAGCAGGAACCACGUGGGUCUCUUACAUCCUGGAUCUUCUUUAUUUUGGGAAGACAUGUCCAGAGCGUCAGGAGACCGUUCCUAUUCAAGAGAGAGUGCCCUUUCUGGAGAUCAUUAUACCAUCGGUUUUCACAGGUAAAGACAUGGCAGACCAGCUUCCUACCACUCCUCGUCUCAUUAAAACUCAUCUUCCUGUCCAGUUCAUACCAAAGUCUUUCUGGGAACAAAACAGCAGGAUCGUCUAUGUGGCUCGCAAUGCAAAGGACAGUGCAGUGUCCUAUUUCCACUUUGGCCGUAUGAACAGCCUCCAGCCAGAACCAGGGGACUGGAGCAGCUUUCUGCAGGAUUUUAUAGAUGGAAAGGUGGUGUUUGGAUCGUGGUUUGACCAUGUGAACGGCUGGUGGGAGAAGAAACAGACUCACUCAAAACUUCUCUACCUGUUCUAUGAAGAUCUGAUUGAGGACGCUGGACGAGAGAUAGAUCAACUCUGUUCCUUCCUUGGUUUGUCUUUCUCCGCUGAGGAGAAGCAGAGUGUUGUAACUGAGGUCAAGUUUGACAGUAUGAAACAAAACAAAAUGACCAACUACUCCACUACCACAAUUAUGAAUCAGAAGGUGUCUCCUUUCAUGAGAAAAGGUCAAGUUGGUGACUGGAAGAACCAUUUCACUGUGGCCCAGGAUGAGCAGUUUAAUGAGGUAUACAAGCAGAAAAUGAGGAAUCCUGCACCGCAGUUUCGCACUGAAGUGUAGCGACCUGGCUUUUUCCAAGUCUGCAAGAGGAACAUUCCUGAACUGUGACUUGUUGAAAUACGGUGUGAAUGUUAUGGAGUCAGAUGUCCUAAUUGAUUUACAAGGAAAUCAGUGUAAGACAUGUAAUGUUCUUUAAAGGGACAUUUUUUUAACUGAUCAUCAACCGAUUUUAAACAAUAAACAAAAGCAAAUUACUUAAAAGUGCAAUUGUGUUGGGAUGCAUUGUUACAUCAAAUCUGCAUUUUAACACUUUAAUAGAAGGAAUGGUCUUGUCAUUAAACAAUAUGGUUCAACAAUGAGUAGAAUUACAUAUUGUUCUGAAUGUCUUACAAAAUAUGGUAUAAAUAAUUUAAUAAUGAUUUCAAUACCUGUACAAAUUGAAUUCUUUUUCAAAAACAGCAUAUUCCAUCUUCCAUCUCCUUACAAACUAUUUUGUGGUGUAAAACUUACGUAACUUGAUUUUUUCUAUUGUUGUUAAGAAAAGUCUCACAUGUAGGAGAAUAUU